UCUGUUCCGAAAAUAACUCUACCUUAUCAAAUCAUACCUAUAUAAUGUCUGCAAGGGGUUGACAUCGUUCUAGUUUCCUGAAGACAUUCUCUGAACAUAUAUAAUGCUGGGUAUUAUUGUGCUGAUGCUCGUGGCCAGUGCGCUAGGCGCUCCUACGACCCCAGCACCCGGAAGUGCGACAACUCUGGAUCUGGCUGCAAUCAUCACUACUGCCUUUAACUCUCUCGACGUGAACAAUAACGGCCAGGUGGAACUUUCAGAGUUUUAUUCUGUCUUUGACAAGUACGACACCAACAAUGACCAUGAGAUGUCAAUCCAAGAGUACAUUCAGAACACAAAUGUCACAGCGGCCAUUGCUAAGGAAGUCUUUAAAUUCAUUGACAAGGACAACGACGACAGCAUCAACCGAUCAGAGACGAACGGGAUCUUCAAGAUGUAUGACACAAACGACAACGGUGUUAUCACUAUUCAAGAAUUUAUCAGCGUAUAUACGAGGAUUUACAAUGACAUUUUAAAAGACCUGUAUCAAGGACAAACUAUCCCCGCAUCAACCUCCACCUGAAUCCUGCUGUUGACAAAUGGGUUCAUACGUCAGGAUAACCCAGCAUCCGGUGCGGAAUAAAGGCUUCUACUAGUA